AUGGCUACCGAGAAGGUUCCUCCUCCCCCUACCGAAAAGGUUCCACUCCGCCGUCUAUCACCACACAUCGUCGAGGUGGCUCCGAUCCGCAUCAUCCACUACCCCAGUUCGCUCCGGUGGGUUCGUUCGAUGAUAGAGGCCAUAUAUGCGCAUUACGAAUAUUAUACCGCGGGAGUCCUACACGGGGACAUUUCCGAGGAUAAUAUCCGGUACUUCGUAGGGGAGACUGAAGGUGGAGAGCCGCACUCGUAUGGCGUGGUGCUGGAUGUCGAUCGCUGUGACUCGUUCAAGCCGUUCAGGCGGGCCGAGAAGCUGCCCGUGAAGAGCAGUUAUAACGAAGAGGAGGAGGUCGACUGA